AUGCAUCAAGUCUUACGGAGAGCACCGUGGACAUGCGCAAGAUGUAUUCGUACGGCAAAAAGGCACGAGUCCUCCAUAGCAGCCUCCGCAAUCGUGCCAUCACAAGAUAACACCUUCGAACAAGUCUAUGCCCAAAGUUCACCUUCUCGACAGAGCGAUAAUGCCCUCCUCAGAGAACUUUUCAACAACAAGUCUGCGACGUCGACUCUGAACAGAAUGACUUCAGGCUUGCUUGGAAACAACCUCUUGACAAGUCCGCAAGGAUUUCAGAAAUUUGCUGAAGUAUCAGUGGCACAAUGUAAGAGACUGGUAGACAGAACGCUAGCAGCGUCAACACCGGAGGAAUACAGGGCUAUACCAAGAGAUCUUGACAGACUUAGUGAUCUGCUUUGCCGAGUCAUCGACCUGUCCGACUUCAUACGCAACAUUCAUCCGAGCGAAGAUGUCGUCGCUGCCGCCACUGCCUCAUAUUCAUUGACUUACCAGUACAUGAACGAGUUGAACACAACAAUCGGGCUCAAUCAACAAUUAAAGAAAGCAUGGGAUACGCCAGAAGUCCGCGAACAAUGGAACGAAGAGGAGAAGAUGGUGGCUCAGCUUCUGAUCAAAGAUUUCGCCAAAUCAGGGAUUGAUCUGCCCGACCAACAGAGGCAAGAAUUUGUGUCGCUGUCCAACGAGAUCGCGCAGAUAGGUACAGAUUUCACCAAUCAGAUGGAACAUGCAAAGGAGCACGUCACACUCUCCAUAGCACAGCUCAACGGUGUCGAUCCAACUUUGCUGCAAGGCCGGCGUCCGCAUGACAAGGUAUCUGUGCCAGUUCACAGUCCCCCAUCGAAUGACAUACUAAAAUCGGCAAAUAAUUCUUCGACGAGAAAGGCCGUUUAUGUCGCGGAGAGGACUGCGUCAAAACGAACCAUAGCGCGACUGGAACAACUUCUUACAACUCGAGCUAAGCUGGCUCGGCUCACUGGAUAUGCUAACUAUGCACAACUAGCUCUGGGCGAUAAAAUGGCAAAGUCUCCAGAAGCUGUCGUGAACUUUUUGGAGUCCCUGAACAGAAGCAACAAGCCCCAGGUCCAGAGCGAGCUGAAAGCUCUGCUAGAUAUCAAACGAGAAACCCAAGCAGGCGGAGAAACCAUCGAUCCCUGGGAUCAUGCUUACCUGGUGAACAAACUGAAGCAACGCCAAGUGCAACAAGGUCCACGAACCUCCAAGUCCCGACUCCAUUCCAACGCCAAAUCCUACUUUGCACUCGGCCAUGUCAUGCAAGGUCUGUCAGGAUUAUUCGAGUCCCUUUAUGGAGUUCGAUUGGUACCAAGGGAGACGGCGAAAGGUGAGAUCUGGCACCCGGAUGUAAGGAGGCUCGAUGUAUAUACGGAUAAGCAAGAACAUAUUGCAACGAUGUAUUGUGAUCUUUUCUCAAGACCAUCGAAGCCGCGAAACCCGGCUCAUUUCACUCUGUUAUGCUCAAGAGAAAUCUCCGAAGAAGAGAUUCGUGAAUGCGAAGAACGGAAUGAGCCUCUGAACAAUGAAAUGCCAACCUUGCUUGGUGCAAAUGCGAUAUCUGGAAAGACUGCCCACCAUCAAAUACCCAUCAUUGCUCUUGUUUGUGCAUUCCCGAACCCCGAUCGCGUCAGAGAUCCCUCGCUUUUGUCCUUGUUCAGCGUGAACACUUUGUUUCAUGAGAUGGGCCAUGCUAUACACAGUAUUCUCGGGCGAACCUCGUUACAAUCAAUAGCUGGAACGAGAUGUGCAACAGACUUUGCCGAACUUCCGUCAAUGCUUAUGGAACAUUUCGCAACGGAUCCUACUGUCCUCAAGAUGUUUGCUCGUCACUGGGAAACCGGGGCGGUAAUUCCAGAUGAAAUGAUUGACGCUCUCACGAAAGAACGGCUGAAAGGGGCUGCGAUGACUGGUGGUUGGGAGAACGAGAGUCAGAUUCUCAUGUCACUGCUUGAUCAGACAUAUCACUCAAAUGGGCCAAUCGAAGACAUAUCACGGGGAAGAUAUUAUGAUUCCACAGCUGUUUAUCAUCAAGUGUGGAACAAGUAUGGCAGCGUCCAGGAGCCGGCUUCCACCGCUUGGCAAGGUUUCUUUGGCCACUUGCACACUUAUGGAGCAAUGUACUAUGCAUAUGCAUUUGAUAAAGCUAUAGCGUGGCAAGUCUGGAGAUCUGUCUUUCGAGGUGGAGAGGACGGUGGUGCAAUCGAUCGAGUAGCAGGAGAACGUCUCAAGCAGGAGGUCUUGCGCUUUGGAGGAGGGAAGGACCCAUGGCUGUGCCUGGAAGGGUUGCUGGGUGAAGGCAAGGGCGUACUUGCUGAGGGAGGUGAGGCAGCUAUGCUCGAGGUUGGGAAAUGGGGUGUUGGAGCGACGAUUGAGGCAUGA